CCAUGUCUCAGUCGAUCAACGUCCCGCCAACGUCCGCGCGAUCUAUUUAUUCGUUCAAGAUCAGUAUGUGCUCGCUCGAAUCGAUUCGCCGUAAAAAUAAACCGUAAACACGACGUGAAAAAGAACAAUCAACCCGGCAGGUCGAUCCCUUGAGAAAAUAAUCGAUUAAUUCGAAAGAAGAUAAUAAAGACGAGGGGGAACGGUGAUUUUAAAAAUGAACGUUAUCGCGUCGUUGAUCGCCGCGAUAUUCUUCGUUGCUUAUGUCGCCGAUUCGAGUGUUACACCGGAUGAAGAAUUGACGACAAACCUCCGAGAAACAUGGGACAACGAUUUUGUGAUUGCCAUAUCGAACGUUAAAUCGAGGAAGAAGCAAUCGGAGGCAACGGUUGAUAUUCUUCUAGCCGUGAAAUACGAAAGGUCUAAGAAGAAACUGGUACUUAUACUCGACAGGCGAAGUAAACGAGUGAUCUUCGAAAGUAUCGACAAGGAUGGCCAUCGAACUGCAGAACACCUUAACUUGGAAACGCCGAACGUGAAUUCUCUAUUGAAAAAUAUAAUCGUCCUCGUGCGUCAGAAUCAACCUGAUCCGCGAAUGGACGUUUACAUUGAUUGCGUCUACCAAGGCGUGAUACCAUUGAGGAAGAGCUUUCGAAAGUUGGCAGACAAUGAAGAUAACUCUCUUGUAGAGGCGUUCAGAGAAAGGAGGAGCCAGGUGAAGGUGUAUCCAUUGUCAUCAAUUAUCGACGCCCUGAAGCAAGAAAACUGUCCGGACAAUUUGGCCGAUAUGGACACGUUGUCGAGUUUCUUCAAGCACAAAGAACCUCACCAAUUGAUUGCAAGCCCUGCAACGAGCAACCACUCGGAUGAGAGUUUCGAGGAGUCCGACAUAGAUCAAUAUCGCGUAAAAUUAAAUAACAAGGAAAAUCAUCGUCGUCGGUCGAAAGAGCACGAAGUCUCAGACACGUUCGAAGACGCUGAUCAGUCCGAAGAUUUCAGUGAUUCAGACUUCAAGCAGUCACGCCGAUCGAAUCGCGAUAAAUAUCGUUCUACGAACGAGUUUGAAGCUGAUCGGGGAGUUGCUCCGAGCCACGAGAAACGUUUGCAUCAGAGGACACCAUCUGGACGCAUCGUCGUGCCUCGUCACGAGAUAUCCGCGGAAUUGAGUCGUAAUAAUUACGAUGAACUGGAUGCAUCGAGUCAGGCGAAUUACAAACGGGUUCCGAGAAGAGGGGACAUAGGGAUUCAAAGUCUGGACGAAAGAGUUUGCCUGACGGACAAUCAAAUCGUGAAGACGCUGAACGAGCUGAUCGAAGCGACUAAGAAGGUCUGGAGAGAAAUAGAAUUGAACAGACUGGAAACACAACACCUUCGGCAAUUAAUUGAAAAUUGCGCAGCUUGUCGCGUACCACUUGUUCCACCGACGACCACGACGGCAGCUCCUCCUCCUAGUUGCGAUUACAAAUCGCCCUGCUUCCCGGGAGCUGACUGCCGUAACACGCCACGUGGACCACAGUGCGGAGCAUGCCCGCCGGAUUACACCGGCGAUGGAUAUCGUUGCAUGAAAAUUAGUUGCGCGCACAACCCUUGCUUUCACGGUGUCCGUUGCUACGACCGCGCGGAUGGAUAUAGCUGUGGGAAAUGCCCUAACGGUUAUAUAGGUGAUGGUAAAUACUGUGAACGACGCAGAAAUCACUGCGAGCCUCAUCCUUGUUACCCGGAAGUGCAAUGCGAACCAAUUCUUUAUCCACCGUACUUUAGAUGCGGCUCUUGCCCAAGCGGGUUUAUCGGUAACGGUUCUACGUGUGUUGACGUAAAUGAAUGCGAGUUGGCACAGCCCUGUCAUCCGGGUGUUCGAUGCAUCAAUCUUCGUCCAGGAUUUCGAUGCGACACUUGCCCAUCCGGGUAUACCGGGACGAUAGUCGAAGGGAUCGGUUUGGAGAUCGCACAGGCUCGCAAGCAAGUUUGCCAGGACAUAAAUGAAUGCGACAGUAACAACGGUGGAUGCGAUCCAUACAUGGAGUGCAUCAAUACAGAGGGUUCGUACAGAUGUGGUGCUUGCAGAGCAGGUUUUCUGGGGAACCAAACAGUUGGCUGUCAUCCUAGUCACAGUGUCUGUCCAGAUUUAGUAACCAUGUGCGAUGUAAAUGCCGAGUGUGUCUGCAUCGAUACCACCGAGUACUCGUGCAAGUGUCGCGUUGGAUGGGCAGGAAAUGGACUGACCUGUGGUCUCGACAGAGACAGCGAUGGUAUUCCUGACAGAAACCUCCAAUGUCACGAUCGACGUUGUCGUAUGGACAAUUGCCCGUUAAUACCAAACAGUGGCCAAGAGGACGCGGACAGAGACGGUUUAGGCGAUGCCUGUGAUCCAGACGCUGAUAACGAUGGCGUUCUGAACUCUUCGGACAACUGUCCUUUAAUUUCGAAUCCUGGCCAAGAGGACACCGAUCGUGACGGUCCCGACACCAUCGGUGACGUUUGCGAUAAUUGCCCUCUAGUGAGAAACCCGAAGCAGGAAGAUACCGACGACGAUGGCAUCGGUGAUGCUUGCGACAGCGACAUAGAUAACGACGGUAUUUUCAAUAACGAAGACAACUGUCCGAAAAGAAAGAAUCCAAAUCAAGGUGAUCAAGAUAUGGACGGUAUUGGCGACGCCUGUGACAACUGUCCUUACAGCUAUAAUGAGGACCAAUCGGACCAAGACGGGGAUGGGGUAGGCGAUGCUUGCGACAACGACAACGAUAGGGACAGAGACGGUGUGCAAGACGAUAGAGACAAUUGUCCUGACAUCGCGAAUCCAGGACAAAAUGACGACGACCACGACGGCAGAGGGAACGAAUGCGACGAUGAUAUGGACAAUGAUGGUGUGCCCAAUUCGAUUGACAAUUGUCCCUAUGUUUAUAAUCCAGAUCAACGUCACACUCAUCAUCAGCAUGUUGGUGAUGCUUGCUGGAACGACAAUGAUAACGACACUGUGAAGAAUACACUUGACAAUUGUCCCAACAACAGUUUGAUUUGGACGACAGAUUUUAGAAAGUAUACUACAAUUGCUCUAGACCCUGUUGGCACUGCUCAGGAAGAUCCUGUUUGGGUAAUACACAACGAAGGCGCUGAGAUCCAGCAGCUUGUGAACAGUGACCCCGGGAUUGCCAUUGGUCCGGAUACAUUCAGCGGUGUAGAUUUCGAGGGUACGUUCUUCGUGGACGACGACGGAGACGACGACUCUGUUGGUUUCGUGUUUUCUUAUCAGGACAACCGUAGAUUCUAUAUCGUAUCCUGGAAAAAGCGUCAACAACCGUAUUGGAUGCCGACGCCAUUCAGAGCGGUAGGGGAUCCUGGAAUUUUCUUGAAACUCGUCGACUCGAGCACAGGGCCUGGAGAAAUUCUUAGGAACAGUCUCUGGCAUAAUCAAGAUACACCCAAUCAAGUGAAGAUCCUUUGGCACGAUCCGAAGAAAAUCGGAUGGAAAGAAAGAACCCCGUAUAGAUGGCAAUUAUUACAUAGACCCAAGAUCGGUCUGAUUAGGUUUAGACUUUAUCAAGGGAAACAGCUGAUGGCCGACUCGGGGAACGUUUACGAUUCGACGCUGAAAGGUGGCAAAUUGGGCGUUUACUGUUUCUCCCAAGAAAAGAUCACUUGGUCCAAUUUGCUAUACGUGUGUAAAGAAACUGUCCCACAAUCAGUAUGGAAUGAGUUGCCGGAGAACUUGAAAAGGGAAGUGGACGUAGAGAUGAGUAACGAAAUAAGAUCUCAGUACAAUCAACAAUCUAUCUAUUACGAUUAAUAUAAAUCUAUCAAUUGCUUCUCGAAAUUUAUUUCAUUAUCUUGGACAAAUGUCGCCUGUUUAAACCGGGUAUCACGGAUUUGGUUCGUUUCUUACAGUGAAAACUGAAAAAUAUUCUUUGCCUACAUGUAUAUUUGUGAUUUUUCACUCGCAUGUGGCCAAACUUUAUUCUGAAAUUUCGCGUUUCAUUUCCUCUUUUAUUUCUUUCUUUUCUUCUUUUUUUUUUUGAAUUUCAAGUUUUGUAACAUUUAAGUGUACGUUAAUUAAAGAUACAACGUGACAAAUACCUUUUAAUGAACCUUCAUCAGUUAAGGACGAGUAAAAUCUAUACGAGGGAAAUAUCUUAAAAAUAGAUUAUAUCUUGCGGAAUGUGUGCAAUGAACGCUUAAUCCUACAAUUAACAGGGGAAGACUAAGAUUAAAUGUGCGCUUUUCGAACGAUUCGAAUCAGAUUCAUUAGAUUUAUUAUAUCACGAUUUGGUGUGUAGACGUGUGCAGAGACGUAUGAAAGAUUAGUUUAGCUUUUAUGAGAAAUGGAUAAUUUUAGAUUUCUUACUUUCGCUAAUUUUGGGUGAGAGUCGUAGGUUUAAAAUUAAAUGUCAAAAGCAGCAGAAGUUAAUUCUAAAAUAUUUAGAAAUGUCUUCUGCUUUGCCUAAUUUUAAUCUAAUAAGAAUUAAAUACAUGAAAUAAAUUGAUAAAUAAGCUGACAAUAUAGAUGGUUGGAUCGUCUAAGUUUGCAAUGUUAACGUUACUAGUUUAAUUCAUAGUAAUUAGCAAGAACUGUUCUUUUUCAUGAUUGUUUUGUUGCAAUGUAAUUGUAAUAUAAUUGCAAUUUGAUUUGGUAGUUAUGACAAUAUAUACAGGAAGAGAAAAAUCUACAUUUCUAAAAGCUUCAGGAAUAUAUAAUAUUAAAAAUUGAAAUUAAAUAAAAGAAGCAUGCAUGAUUAAUUUCGCAAUUUAAAAACAAUAAACAUAACAAAUACUAUCUAAGCAAUUAUCUUCUAGAUUUCCAAUAGAUAGUAAAUUUUCGAAAUGUUAGAUUCUUCUUUGAUAUCCUGUAUACAUAUAUGUAGGUAUGUGUACAUAAAUAAUCCAAAAAUAGUUUCACGUGCUUUCGUUGCCUUCUACUUUAAAAAAACAAGUCUAAUUUGCGUUAAAAUGUAAUAAAUUUUAAACUAAUUAAUUUAUAUCUUAAAUUUUCCAACUUUAUUAAUUUAAAUUUCAAAUUUUUUUUUUUUCAUUCUAAUAAUGAAUGAUUCUAAUCUUUAAUGUUUCGAAACAGUUUUUAUAGCUAAAUUACACGUUUCACAAUCGACUUACAAUUGGUCAUCACCAGUUCAAAAAACGCACAUCUAAAUCGUUCCCUCUUUUUUUUUUUAAGUGAUUGACAAAGUCGAUCGGAGUGCCUGAAAAAAUUCGUCGUUUCAAUGGUAUACAUCGUACACAUUUAAAACGUUUUCCCACAUUUUUGUGCUUUCCUCUAACGAAAUGGCUACUUACUUACAACAUUAUGAAACAACGAAGCUCUUCACGAUAUUGAAAAAACUAUACAUAUAUAGAGAAUUCGUAUAAGAAAAUGUCUACUACAGAGAGUUAAAUGUAAAUUUACUUUCUUAAAAUAUCAUUACUAUAUUGAAAUGUUAUGAAAGGAAAUGUAAUUCUCAUGAAAUUGAUCAACGACGUUAGAAAGAACAUUGUAUGUGAUAGAAAGAACAAUUGUCAAAAUAUUUCUACCUGUUGUGUUUGGAUGAAGAAUUGGGCAUAGUUUAUUAAUGAUGUGCUGUAUAUUGCGAGGUAUCAAAUAAAUAUAAUAAAUAUCGAAAUAAAUAACGCACAAGUGUACACGAUAAUUAGGCCCAUUACAAAUUAAAAAAAAAAGACAUUUUCUAUCGUGAAUAAGAUUUUAUUGCACUCUUCUUUCUCCGAUUUAUGCGAUAAAUUUACUUAACAAAUUUUCCCAUUUGUGCCCUAUUAAUCCACAUUCGUUGCAAUUUAUAAACAGAAAAGAUAAGGAAACAUUACGUACACAUUAUAAAAAUAAUUGUAUAUAUUGUAAAAAUAUAUUCUUCGAAGCAAUCAAUUUUUCUUUUCGUCAAAUUUUUUCCAAGGAAAAAUCAAAACGAUAAGUUUUCAACUUGAAUAAAUAAUUAUAAAAAAAAUAAUAAUUCAAGUAUAAUGUUUAAUCGCAUAAAUUGAAGGACGAACGAGAGGAAUAAUCUCUUGCCGCAAUUACAAAAAGUUGCAAAUAUACUUUUAUAAAAGUAUAUUUAUAAUACUCUUCACGAAGCAAGGUAAAUACUUGAAAAGAAAACUAUUUGGUUUUGACAAACCACUUUGCUUAUGAGUUCUCCUAUCUAUUCAAUAUGCUACGUCAAUAUUUUGCAUCGGAACGUAAAAUUUCGUUAUUAUGUAUAAAUAGUCAAAGUCUAGAGAUCGUAAUUAAAAAUGCAAUUUAACUUUAUAUUUACACUAAGGAACAUAUAGAUACGAUUUGUCGAAACUACGGCAAUUCCUUUUCUGAGGGAAUCCUUUUUUUUUAAUUUUUUUUUUUUUUUAAUAAAUCAGAAUAUCGAGGAAAUGGAAGUUGUAUUUUAAAUGCACUAACCAUCGAAAGAGGCCGAAUAAAUAUUAUACAACUAUUAUAAAAUAGCAUGUACAAGAUACUUACAAAUAAAGAUAUUUACAAA